GCAUAUAUUUCCCAAUUAAAUAAAUUUAGAAAAGUAUUGUGAAAUUUUGACUUUAUUAAAGGACUCAACAAUGAUAUUGUUAUAGCAUUUUCACAGAUGCAGUUAUAAUAAAAAUGCAAGAGUAAUCUCAUGGAAGUACUCGAGUACUUCCAUGAAAAUAUCAGUGAUAUAAUAUUGCCGAAAGUUCAUCAUUUUUUUAUUCGUAUAAAUAAAGUUUUGUACUAACGUUGAAAAAGAGAUUCAAGUCCAGAAUUACUGAUAAUGACAUCAAUAUGAAGUUCAUUAAAAUAGUAUACGGCAAGACUUUUUUUUGGGUACUGCACCUAUUGUUUAUGACGUGUACUAAUUCAAUUGGAAAUGAUAGUAUCACUGAUAAUGUAGUUAUGACAUGUCUAUCAAUUUAUAAUGAUUCAUUAAAAACAUAUACUUUGGAGAAUCAAAACUGCACCUAUCUAACCAAUGGAUUCAAUAUAAGUUUAUUAAACAAUUCAUCUGGAAACUUAACUAAUUAUUCUUCUUGUCUUACUGAAAAUACAACAAGCACAUUAAAUAAAGCUGCAGCAACUAACAAUUUUACAACAGAAGGUUCAAGUAUUUUAACAGAACAUAAUGUGGCAAAUAAUCAAUCUUUAAAUACAACAAGUUUAAAUACAACACUAUCAUUAGAUGCUAAGAAUUUGUCAUUAAUAAAUGCUACCUCAACUCAACUUUUAUCAGUAGAAGAAAAAAUUUACUGUUCCUGUUUACUAAAUUUAUGUAACUAUCGUUCUGGUAUUAAUUAUUGUUUAACUGUAUUUCAAUCAUGUAUUGCAACAACUGAAGAUCCAAAUACAAAAUCUUUAAUUUCAAACGAAAAAACUUCAACGACAAUAAGCGAAAUAUCUUCAACAGCAGCAAGUUCAACAUUGCAGUCUUCAACAUCAAAUAUACCGACAGUUUCAACAACCACAUUUUUAUCUGCCGAAGAAAAAGUUUACUGCUCCUGUUUAUUAAGUUUGUGUAAAUAUCAUUCUGACGAUGAAUACUGUUUACAAGUUUUUCAAUCAUGUUUGAUUACAACAGCUGAAUCCACGACUGCAGUUAUAUUCACAACUGCAACAACUCCAGUUAUACCUACAACUGUUUCAACAAAUGAAGCUUUAAUUUCAAGCGAAAAAACUUCAACGACAACAAGCAAAACAUCUUCAACAGCAACUACUUCAACAUUGCAGUCUUCAACAUCAAAUAUAACCACAACAUCGACAACAUUUUUAACUACUGAAGAAAAAGUUUACUGCUCCUGUUUAUUAAGAUUUUGUAAAUAUCAUUCUGAUGAUGAAUACUGUUUACAAGUUUUUCAAUCAUGUUUGAUUGCAACAGCUGAAUUAACGACUGCACUUAUAUCCACAACUGUAAUAACUCCUUCAACUGUUUCUACAAAUAAAGUUUCAACUAAUGCAACAUCCAAAAGUCUGUUAACAACGACAAAUGCUGCAGUUUUAACAACAGAAGAAAAAGGAUACUGCUUUUGUUUACUUACGUUUUGUAAUUAUUAUUCUGGUGUUGGUUACUGUUCACAAGUAUUUCAGUCAUGUUUAAAUAAAACAACUGAACCUACAACCGCAGUUAUAUCUACAGUUACAACUGAAUCUAAUCAAUCUACUUCUGCUACAACUGAAGUUUUUUAUCCUGAAGAAAAAGUUUACUGCUCAUGUUUACUGAGAUUUUGUAAAUAUCUUUCUGGCAAUGAAUAUUGUUUACAAGUAUUUCAAUCAUGUUUAACUAAUACAACUGAAACUACAACAGCAGUUACAACUUCUACAACAAAACUGCUAAUAAAAUCUACAACAGCUCAACCUCCAGUAGAAACAGCAACACAGCCUCUAACUACAACAACUCAGUCUACAACAACAACAACUCAGUCUCCAACAACCACAACUCAGUCAACAACACUAACUCAACCUCCAACAACAACUACAACAACUCAGUCUCCAACUACAACCACUCAGUUUCAGACAACAACAACUCGGUCAACAACAGCAACUCAACCUCUAACAACAACAACAACAACUAAAUUACCACCUAUAACAACUCAGUCUCCAACUGCAACAUCUCAGUCUCCAACUACAACAACUCAGUUUACAACAACAACAACUCAGUCUCCAACUACAGCAACUCAGUCUCCAACAACAACAACUCAGUCAACAAGAACAACUCCACCUCUAACAAUAACAACUACGUCUCCAACCACAUCAACUCAACCACCACCACCAACAACAAAAACUCAGUCUCCAACAACAACAACUCAGUCUACAAGGACAACAACUCAGUCUACAACAACAACAACUCAACCUCAAACAACAACAACUAAGUCUCCAACUACAACAACUCUGUCUCCUACUACAACUCAAUCUACAACAACAACAACUCCACCUCCAACAACAACAACAACAACUGAGUCACCAACUACAACAACUCAGUUAACAACAACAACCACUCAACCUCCAAUAACAACAACAACAACAACUCAGUCUACAACAACAUCAACUCAAUCUCCAACUACAUUAACUCAGUCUCCAACUACAACAACUCAGUUAAAAACCAUCGCAACUCUACCUCCAACAACAACAACAACAAUAAUAACAACUGAGUCACCAACUACAACAACUCAACCUCCAUCUAAAACUACUCAGUCUCCAACUACAACAAAUCAGUCUCCAACUCCAACAACUCAACCUCCAACAACAACAAUAACAACUCGAUCUCCAACUACAACAACUCAGUCUCCAACAACAACAACAACUCAGUCAAAAACAGCAACAACUCAAACUCCAAAUACAACAACUCAGUCUCCAACUACAACAACUCAACCUCUAACAACAACAGCAACAACUCAAUCUUCAACUACAACAACUCAGUCUCCAUCAACAACAACUCAGUCAACAACAACAACAACUCAACCUUUAACUACAACAACUCCAUCUCCAACUACAACAACUCAGUCUCCAACAACAACAACAACUCAGUCAAAAACAACAACAACUCAAACUCCAAAUACAACAACUCAGUCUCCAACUACAACAACUCAACCUCCAACAACAACAGCAACAACUCAAUCUUCAACUACAACAACUCAGUCUCCAUCAACAACAACUCAGUCAACAACAACAACAACUCAACCUUUAACUACAACAACUCAGUCUCCAACUACAACAACUAAAUCUCCAACUACAACAACUCAGUCUCCAACAAAAACAACUCAAACAACAACAACAACUCAACCGCCAAAUACAACAACUCAGUCUCCAACUACAACAACUCAACCUCCAACAACAACAACAACAACUCAAUCUCCUACUACAACAACUCAGUCUCCAUCAACAACAAUUCAGUCAACAACAACAACAACUCAACCUUCAACAACAACAACUCAGUCUCCAACUACAACAACUCAGUCUCCAACUCCAACAACUCAACCUCCAACAACAACAAUAACAACUCAAUCUCCGACUACAACAACUCAGUCUCCAACAACAACAACAACUCAACCUCCAACAACAACAACUCAGUCUCCAACUACAAUAACUCAACCUCCAACAACAACAACAACAACUCAAUCUCCAACUACAACAACUCGAUACCCAACUACAACAACUCAGUCUCCAACAACAACAAAUCAGUCAACAACAACAAGAACUCAACCUCCAAAUACAACAACUCAGUCUCCAUCAACAACAACUCAGUCAACAACAACAACAACUCAACCUUCAACUACAACAACUCAGUCUUCAACUACAACAAUUCAGUCUCCAACUCCAACAUUUCAACCUCUAACAACAACAAUAACAACUCAAUCUCCAACUACAAAAACUCAGUCUCCAACAACAACAACUCAGUCAACAAUAACAACAACUCAACCUCCAAAUACAACAACUCAGUCUCCAACUACAACGACUCAACCUCCAACAACAAUAACAACAACUCAAUCUCCAACUACAACAACUCAAUCUCCAUCAACAACAACUCACUCAACAACUCAACCUCCAACUACAACAACUCAGUCUCCAACUACAACAACUCAGUCAACAACAACUCAACCUCCAAAUACAACAAUUCAGUCUCUAUCUACAACAACUCAACCUCCAACAACAACAAGAACAACUCAAUCUCCUACUACAACAACUCAGUCUCCAUCAACAACAUCUCAGUCAACAACAGCAACAACUCAACCUCCAACUACAACAACUCAGUCUCCAACUACAACAACUCAGUCUAUAACUACAACAACUCAACCUCCAACAACAACAACAACUCAAUCUCCAACUACAACAACUCAUUCUCCAUCAACAACAACUCUGUCAACAACAAAAACAACUCAACCUCUAACUACAACAACUAAGUCUCCAACUACAACAACUCAAUAUCCAACUACAACAACUGAACCUUUAACAACAACAACAACAACAACAACUCAGUAUCCAACUACAACAACUCAGUAUCCAACUACAUCAACUCAGUCUCCAACAACAACAACACAGUCAACAACAACAACAACUCAACCUCCAAAUACAACAACUCAGUCUCUAACUACAACAACUCAACCUCCAACAACAACAACAACAAAUCUAUCUUCAACUACAACAACUCAGUCUCCAUCAACAACAAUUCAGUCAACAACAACAACAACAACAACACCACCUCUAACAACAACAACAACAACUCAGUCUCCCACUACAACCACUCAGUCUCCAAGUACAACACCUGAGUCUACAACAGUAACAUCAACUCAGUCUCCAACAACAACAACUCAGUCUCCAACAACAACAGCUCAGUCUACAACAACAACAACUCCACUUCCAACAACAACAACAACAACUGAGUUGCAAACUACGACUACUCAGUUAGCAACAACAACAACUCAACCUCAAAAAACAACAACAACAACUCAGUUUCCAACAACAUCGACUCAGUUAACAACAACAACAACUCAACCUCCAACAACAACAACAACUCAGUCUCUAACAACAACAGCUCAGUCUCUAACUACAACAAAUCAGUCUCCAAAUACAACGACUCAACUUCCAACAACAACAACAACAACUCAAUCUCCAACUACACCCAAUCAGUCUUCAUUAACAACAACUCAGCCAACAACAACAACUCAACCUCUAACAACAACAACAACAACUGAGUUGCCAACUGCAACAACUCAGUCUCCAACUACAACAACUCAAUUAACCAUAACAACAACAACUCCACCUCCAAUGACAACAUCUCAGUCAACAACAACAACAACUCAGUCUCUUUCUACAACUCAGUUUACAACAACAACAACUCCACCUCCAACAACAACAACAACAACUGAGUUGCAAACUACAACAACUCAGUUAACAACAACAACAACUCAACCUCCAACAACAACAACAACAACUCAGUCUCCAACAACAACUACUCAGUUAACAACAACAACAACUCAACCUCCAACAACAACAACAGCAACAACUCAGUCUCCAACAACAACAACUCAAACUCUAACUACAACAACUAAAUCUCCAACAACAACAACAACAACUCAAUCUCCAACUUCAACAACUCAGUCUCCUUUAACAAUAACUCAGUCAACAACAACUACUCAACUUCCAACAACAACCACAACAACUGAGUUGCCAACUACAACAACUCAAUGUCCAACUACAACAACUCAGUCUACAACUGAAUCUCCAACAACAACAACAACAUCAACAACUCAGUCUCCAACUACAACAACUCAGUCUCCAUCAACAACAACUCAGUCUGCAACAACAACAACUCAGUCAACAACAACAACAAUUCAACCUCCAAAUACAACAACUCAGUCUCUAACUACAACAACUCAACCUCCAACAACAUCAACUCUAUCUUCAGCGACAACAACUCAGUCAACAACAACAACGACACCACCUCUAACAACAACAGCAACAACAACUCAGUCUCCCACUACAACCACUCAGUCUCCAAGUACAACACCUCAGUCUACAACAACAAUACCAACUUACCCUCAAACAACAACAACUCAGUCUCUAACAACAACAACUCAGUCACCAACUACAACUCAGUCUACAACAACAACAACUCCACCUCCAACAACAAUGACAACAACUGAGUUGCAAACUACAACAACUCACUCUCCCUUAACAACAACUCAGUCAACAACAACAAUAACAACUCAACCUCCAACAACAACAACAACUGAGUUGCAAACUACAACAACUCAGUCUCCAACUACAACAACUCAGUCAACAACAACAAUAACAACUCAACCUCCAACAAUAACAACAACAACUCAGUCUCCCACUACAACAUCUCAGUCUCCAAGUACAACACCUCAGUCUGCAACAACAACAACAACUCACCCUCAAACGACAACAACUCAGUCAACAACAACAACAACUCCGUCUCCUACUACAACUCAGGCUACAACAACAACAACUCCACCUCCAACAACAACAACUGAGUUGCAAACAACAACAACACAGUUAACAACAACAACAACUCAACUUCCAACAACAACAACAGCUUCUACUCAGUCUCCAACAACAACAACUCAGUCUCUAACUACAACAACUCAGGCUCCAACUACAACAACUGAACCAUCAACAACAACAACAACAACUCAAUCUCCAACUACAACAACUCAGUCUCCCUUAACAACAACUCAGUCAACAACAACAAUAACAACUCAACCUCCAACAACAACAACAACUGAGUUGCAAACUACAACAACUCAGUCUCCAACUACAACAACUCAGUCAACAACAACAAUAACAACUCAACCUCCAACAAUAACAACAACAACUCAGUCUCCUACUACAACAUCUCAGUCUCCAAGUACAACACCUCAGUCUGCAACAACAACAACAACUCACCCUCAAACGACAACAACUCAGUCAACAACAACAACAACUCCGUCUCCUACUACAACUCAGGCUACAACAACAACAACUCCACCUCCAACAACAACAACUGAGUUGCAAACAACAACAACACAGUUAACAACAACAACAACUCAACUUCCAACAACAAGAACAGCUUAUACUCAGUCUCCAACAACAACAACUCAGUCUCUAACUACAACAACUCAGGCUCCAACUACAACAACUGAACCUUCAACAACAACAACAACAACUCAAUCUCCAACUACAACAACUCAGUCUCCCUUAGCAACAACUCAGUCAACAACAACAAUAACAACUCAACCUCCAACAACAAUAACAACUGAGUUGCAAACUACAACAACUCAGUCAACAACAACAACAAUAACUCCACCUACAAUAAUAGCAACAACAACUCAGUCUCCCACUACAACAUCUCAGUCUCCAAGUACAACACCUCAGUCUUUAACAACAACAUCAACUCACCCUCAAACGACAACAACUCAGUCAACAACAACAACAACUCAGUCUCCUACUACAACUCAGUCUACAACAACAACUACUCCACCUCCAACAAACACAACAACAACAACUGAGUUGCAAACAACAACAACUCAACCUCCAACUACAACAAUAACUCAAUAUCCAACUACAACUACUCAGUCUCCAUCAACAACAACUCAGUCAACAACAACAACAACAUCUCCACCUUUAACAACAACAACAACAACAACAACAACUCAAUCUCUAACAACAACAACUCAGUCAAAAACAAUAACAACUCCACCUCCAACAACAACAACAACAACUGAGUUGCCAACUACAACAAUUCAGUCUACAACUACAACAACUCAACCUCCAACAACAACAACAAUAACAACUCAGUCUUCAUCAACAGCUCAGUCUUCAUCAACAACAACUCAGUUAACAACAACUCAAUCUCCAACGACAACAACUCAGUCUCCAACUACAACAACUCAGUCUACAGCAACAACAACUCAGUCUCCAACAACAACAACUCAGUCUACAACAACAACAAUUCAACCUCCAACAAUAUCAACUCAGUCUCCAACUACAUCAAAUCAAUUACUACCAAUAACAACAACAACUCAGUCUCCAAAUACAACAACUCAGUCUCCAUCAACAACAACUCAGUUAUUAACAACAACAACUCAACCUACAACCACAACAACUCAGUCUUCAACUACAACAACUCAGUCUUUAAAAAUAACAACUCAACCUCAAACAACAACAACUCAGUCUCCAACUAUAUCAACUCAGUCUUCUACUACAACUAAGUCUACAACAACAACAACUCCACCUCUAACAACAACAACAAUAGCUGAGUUGCCAACUACAACAACUCAGUCUCCAACUACAACAAGUCCUGCAGCACAGAAAUUGUUGGAGAUGAGAACUUUACAGGAGUUUAUAAAUUCUCUAAUACUACAGUCAACUCUGUUUCUUCAUUAAGUUGUGUAUACAACAACAGCUUGAUAAUCCAAAGAAAAUGUAUAUUAAGUUCACUUAAUAAAUCUAUAUGGGAACCUGUUGAUCUUUCAGUUUGUCCUGCAAAAUCACAGACUACUCAGCUACUUAUAAACUUGAAUCAAAUUGUUGUUACAGCAUCAAACGCUCCAACAGCUGCAUCUAAUUUAAAUCAGGUUACGCAAAGAGGAAACCUUUCUACUGUAUACGAUAUAAAUUUGAUUUCUACUCUUAUUACCAAUAUCAUUAAAGUGAAUUUUUCUUCAUUAGCAGUUACCAAUUAUAUUCUUUCAACUAUUGAUACUGUUUUAAGUCAUCCAAUCAUGGUUACAGAAGCAAAUAAGCAGUUUAAUGUGUCUUCUAACUUUUUAUCUCAAAUGGAUGAUUUAGGAAAGCAGCAAAUGGAUAAUGUGACAAUAACAAAGAAAAAUCUGGCAUUGGCAUCAUAUUCAAUUGAAACCAAUCAAAAUCCAGUUUUUAUUUACUCUACAAUAAGCCAAACUAAUUUGAGUGUAAAAAUAUCAAGUAAUGAUGAAAGAAGUUAUUUACAAAAUAUCAAAGCCUACAUUAUGCUUCCCCCACAACUGUUUAUGGGAAAAAAUAAAACACAAGUUUACUCAUAUGUGUUUUCAGAAAAUAAUGUCUUUUUUGCAGGACAUUCAACCAAAAUAAACAGUGUAAUACUUUCUGCUACCAUAAAUGGUCAAAAUGUAAACAAAACAAACUAUCCAAUAUCAAUGAUGUUUUUGCGUGACACAAAUACUACAGGCAGUAAUACAUGUCAAUUUUAUAAAACAAUAGAACAAGUUUGGUCGGCUGAAGGAUGUAAUACAACUAAAAGCUCAACAGAAGAGGUUUUCUGUCAAUGUAAUCAUCUUACUAACUUUGCAUUGAUAUUAGAUACUGAUCAAUCAGGUUACAAUCCUUUAUCUCUUCAAAUUGUAUCAUGGAUUGGUUGUGGAAUUUCUAUUGCUGGUUUAUUUUUCACCAUCCUUAGCUAUUUGAUUUUCCCGAAAUUACGUUCAAAUCUUUCAUCGCAAAUUCUUCUCAAUUUGUGUGUUAGUUUGAUGCUGACCAUGAUUAUAUUUCUUUCUUUGGUUGAACGCACCCAACCCCAACUUUUAUGCAAGAUAGUUGCAUCACUUUUACAGUAUUUUAUUUUGUCAACGUUUUUCUGGAUGGCUGUUGAAGGAAUAAAUUUAUAUAUAAUGUUUGUGAAAGUUUUUCGUGGUUCAUAUAGAUCGCGUAUAUUUAUGUUAAAAUCUUGUGGUUUUGCUUGGGGUGUACCACUUAUAGUUACCGUUGUUACAGCAGCUGUUAAGCCUGCUAAUUUAGGUCCACUAACGGACAAUGAUCCAAAGAUAUGCAUUGUUCGAGGUAUUUCAUUUUACUGUGGAAUACUGUUACCGAUAUGCAUGGUGAUAAUCGUCAAUUUUAUUUUCCUAUUCCUUGUUCUAAGAGGUAUUGGUGCUAAUUCUAACGUUGCAAAUAGAAUUGAUAUUAAAAAAAAAGCGCGUAUUGCAUUGGGAUGUUCAUUAUUGCUUGGAACAACGUGGAUAUUUGCAGUUUUAGCCGUUGGAAGUCUUCGAGAUGUUUUUCAGUGGUUGUUUUGUAUUUUUAAUUCUUUGCAAGGUUUUUUUAUAUUUGUAUUUUACGUUGCUCAAAAUAAUGAUGUUAGAAACCAGUGGCGUUCAUUCCUUGGAAAGAGAAAUGCAACGAAGGAAACAGUAAGUUCGAGCGAAAAUCGUAAUCAAACCCGCUCAACUUUUACAACGAGCCGUGCAAUAAAUCGUAUUAAUCGUGUAUCAAGCGGUUUCAGCUAAUUAUAAGAUAAUAUCAAAUAAAUUUUAUGAGUUUUUUUAUUAUUUAAAAUGAAAAGAAAAAAAAUGUUAUUUAAUGAAAA